AGCCCCACGCAGCCUCCGCAUCCGAUAAAUAAUAGCAUCGCUGAGUUUGGUGUAUAGAGAGCGAAUAGACCAUUUGAAAAGAGCAAGACAAUCAUUAUUUAUUAACCUGUGAGCUCAUUUUCUGGAAUAUUUGGUUGAAGUAUCGUUACUCAUUCUCUAUGGAUAUAAAAUAGGGACAAAUCAGCUUUAUAUUCGUUCAUUUACCCUUUUUAUCUGGGCGGCCAGUAAAAGCAUCCUGCGUUAAUUCUCAAAAUGGCUGAGAUUACAGAUUUACGACCUGCAUAUGACAUGUCACCGGUGCUGGCCGGUUUUAUCGGUGCGGCGGCUCUGGUGGUUGCCGUGGUGAUCCUGGUUCUCCUGUGGUCCUUCUGCCAGCGUCGACACCUCCGGGUGAUGGGCCGGUACAAGCUCCAUGGUGAUCAGUACUGUGACUCUGCUGAAGACCCGCCCUACAAGUUCAUCCACAUGCUGAAGGGCAUCAGUAUCUACCCAGAGUCCCUCAGCAGCAGCAAGAGGAUAGUACGGGUGGCCAGGCGUGCUGGGUGGCAGGGGGAGAGAGACAGAGAGAGGGGUGGCGGCCGCGGGAUGGUCCUGGUGGAUGCGGAGAACAACAUCCUGGACGCGCCUACCCAUCUCCAGAUGAGCCACCUGGUUCCCCCUGCUGGCCAGCCCAGGAUGGAGCGGGCACUGCCCGUCAGGGCCGACUACUGCUGUCUGGAUAGCUCAGCUACCAGUAGCGAGAACAGCAGCAAGACUGUUUCACCUUUCACCCCUGCGUCCUCCGACCCAGAAUCAGAGCCUGAAACCAGCCUGGGCUCCCUCAGCCUGGCUUUAGACUACAACUUCCCUAAGAAGGCCUUGGUGGUGACCAUCGUUGGAGCCCAUGGCCUGCCUGCAGUAGACGAACAAGGGAACAGCUCUGACCCUUACGUGAAGAUGACCAUACUCCCUGAGAAGAAGCACCGGGUGAAGACCAGGGUCCUGAGGAAGACGCUGGAGCCGGUGUUUGACGAGACGUUCACGUUCUACGGGGUGGCCUACAGCUCGCUGCCCGAGCUCACGCUUCACUUCCUGGUGCUCAGCUUUGACCGCUUUGCCCGCGAUGAUGUCAUAGGGGAGGUGGUGGUCCCACUGACAGAGUUGGAACCCAGCACGGGGCGGGUGCACAUCACGCAGCAAAUCAGCAAGAGGAACAUGCAGUGUGAGAGCCGUGGGGAGCUGUUGGUGUCUCUGUCCUACCAACCUGUCUCCCACCGCCUCAGUGUGGUGGUGCUGAAGGCCAAACACCUGCCCAAGAUGGACAUCUCUGGCCUGUCUGGAAACCCAUAUGUGAAAGUCAAUGUGUUCUACGGACGCAAGCGCAUCGCCAAGAAAAAGACGCACGUGAAGAGGUGCACGUUAAACCCCGUCUUCAACGAGUCCUUCAUAUACGACGUGCCCCCCGAGCUGCUCCCUGAGAUCUCUGUGGAGUUUGUGGUGGUCGACUUUGACCGUACCACUAAGAACGAGGUGGUGGGGUGUCUGCCCCUCGGCCUGCACAGCCCCUGUCCCUCUGGCGCCGCCCACUGGCGGGAGGUCUGUGAAAACCCCCGUCGGCAGAUCUCAAAGUGGCACAACCUCAGUGAAUAUUAGCUCCUCCCACCGCCUAAUGCAUUAUAGUUCUACUUGUGUGUAUAAGGGGAGGUGGAGGAGGGGAAGAGAGAGACUUCUUGAUGAGAGAGUGGCUUUUCCUCAUGCCAAACUUUCUCUUGUGAAUAAUACCAACAGAAAAUGAACAACAUUCCUGGUGGGACUUGUACAGUGGACUUUACAGUGGUUAAGGUUCAAUUACAGGAUCGAAUUAAAGUAACAAACAUGCAUACAGAUAAACAUACACAUAUAUAACCCACACCACUACAGAAUUAUAGAGACACUCAGUCUCAGCAUUAGGUUAAGAGUAAUGAAAAUGAAAAAGUUGUUUGUUAACCAGAAUGUGACUAUGAUCACACAUUCAAGGCUGUUAUGAAUUAUUGUCUGGCCAUGUUGUAUGAAGUUUAGGCGACGGGAGGAUACAUGCAAAUGCUAAAAAAAAAACGAAUUGUCAGACUUCAAAAUCCUCCCCUUGCCAGUAUUGUACUUCAAUUCAUCGCAUGUCUGAAUUAAACAGAAAUAUCAUCAAAUCAAAUGUACUAAGGAAACAGAAGUAUUGCUUGUAUUGAUAGUGAGAUUUGAAUUAUCUCUUAAACUGAGAAAACCUCAUGCAACCCUACUCUCUGUUGCAGUUUAUCUACAGGUAGGACCAAAUAGGACAGCUAGAAUUUUCUUCCCAAUAAAUAUUUGUUGAAACAAUUCUUGAAUGUUUUGGAGCCUAACUAUUGUCGUUUAGUGCCAUUACCAUAUUUGUUGACGAGCUCUGUAUCUAAAAUUAAAACCAUCAAGGUUUCAAACCAAUUAAUGCUAUGUUGUAAAGACAAAUGUGAUUUCACUGCAAAAAUAUUUAUUUUGAGUCCAUUUUUAGAACUAAUUCGGACUGAAAAUAUGAAUGUAAUAAAAUAACCACAACAUUAUUACUUGGAUACAUGUCAUCACAAGAAAUAUGACAACUUCUCAUACUGUGGCAUUUAAAAAGCAUUCACCACAGUAUAAGCGAAUACCUGAAAUAUCACUGCAGCAGGUUAGUCUUAGUACUGUAAUAACCAGGUAAUAACACAUGCUAGUUAGCAGCUUGUAGUGCCAGAAGAUGUUCUUUGAAAGUCACUGAUAUUAUUGUGAAAAAUGGUUUUGACAUGAAGAGUUGUAAAGGGUCAUGUUUUGCUGUAUGAUUUCCAAAAUGCUUACACAGUAUGUUCCACUAUUUUGGCUAAUGCCGACAUGCUCAUCUUUUACGGCUCGAUUCAAUCCGAAUCACCAGUUCUGCACUCUAGAACGCUUGAAAUGGAAACGUAAUUGUCUAUUGAGCUGACAUAUGCAGCGUUUACCGUGAAUUCAGUCUUCUCGAACUUGGAACAUUGCCUUCACAUUUUAAUAGCGAUGAUCUUGAUCGAUACGGAUUGAAUCGAGCCCUUCAUGUAUUUUUGUUCUCUUUCAUUUGUCUAAUUUCAAGAAUAUAUUGUAUAAAAGAACGGUACUUUAUAUCUUGAAGGCAACAAUUUUGUAUAGUGAAUAGCCUCACAGGUUGAAGCUCCUGUAUGUUGUUGGUAAUACUCUGUGUGUGUGUGUGUGUGUGUGGAGACUGCAGAGCCCAGGUGCACUGUUUGGAACAAUGUAAGUGGUGAUGGGGUUCAGAGCAGGACAUGGCAGUGGGGUGGCUACUGCUAGCUUCUGGCUACCCCUCGUCCUUCUGGCUUUGACCAGAAGGAAGAGACACAGGUGGGCAAAACCCCACUCCUCCACUGUCACUAAUUAAGCUCCAUCCUCUCUUCCUCCUCUUUUUCUCUCGCUCUCUCACUCUCUUUCACCCUUCUUUGCUUCUUUCUUUCUAGCUCUCUCUUUACAGUCCCUUAUUCCUCAAUCUCCUUCGUUCUCCCGUCUCCUCUUUCUAACUCUUUCUUUACAGUCCCUUAUUUCCUCAAUCUCCUUCGUUCUCCCCUGUCUCCUCUUUCUAACUCUUUCUUUACAGUCCCUUAUUUCCUCAAUCUCCUUCGUUCUCCCGUCUCCUCUUUUUAACUCUUUCUUUACAGUCCCUUAUUUCCUCAAUCUCCUUCGUUCUCCCCUGUCUCCUCUUUCUAACUCUUUCUUUACAGUCCCUUAUUUCCUCAAUCUCCUUCGUUCUCCCGUCUCCUCUUUCUAACUCUUUCUUUACAGUCCCUUAUUUCCUCAAUCUCCUUCGUUCUCCCCUGUCUCCUCUUUCUAACUCUUUCUUUACAGUCCCUUAUUUCCUCAAUCUCCUUUGUUCUCCCCUGUCUCCUCUUUCUAACUCUUUCUUUACAGUCCCCUAUUUCCUCAAUCUCCUUCGUUCUCCCUUGUCUCCUCUUUCUAACUUUUUCUUCAUACAGUCCCUUAUUUCCUCAAUCUCCUUCGUUCUCCCCUGUCUCCUCUUUCUAACUCUUUCUUUACAGUCCCUUAUUUCCUCAAUCUCCUUCAUUCUCCAUUGUCUCCUCUUUCUAACUCUUUCUUUACAGUCCCUUAUUUCCUCAAUCUCCUUUGUUCUCCCCUGUCUCCUCUUUCUAACUCUUUCUUUACAGUUCCUUAUUUCCUCAAUCUCCUUCGUUCUCCCCUGUCUCCUCUUUCUAACUCUUUCUUUACAGUCCCUUAUUUCCUCAAUCUCCUUCAUUCUCCCUUGUCUCCUCUUUCUAACUCUUUCUUUACAGUCCCUUAUUUCCUCAAUCUCCUUCAUUCUCCAUUGUCUCCUCUUUCUAACUCUUUCUUUACAGUCCCUUAUUUCCUCAAUCUCCUUUGUUCUCCCCUGUCUCCUCUUUCUAACUCUUUCUUUACAGUCCCUUAUUUCCUCAAUCUCCUUCAUUCUCCCUUGUCUCCUCUUUCUAACUCUUUCUUUACAGUCCCUUAUUUCCUCAAUCUCCUUUGUUCUCCCCUGUCUCCUCUUUCUAACUCUUUCUUUACAGUCCCUUAUUUCCUCAAUCUCCUUCAUUCUCCCUUGUCUCCUCUUACUAACUCUUUCUUUACAGUCUCUUAUUUCCUCAAUCUCCUUCGUUCUCCUGUCUCCUCUUUCUAACUCUUUCUUUACAGUCCCUUAUUUCCUCAAUCUCUUUCGUUCUCCCGUCUCCUCUUUCUAACUCUUUCUUUACAGUCCCUUAUUUCUUUGUCAUUUUAUUUGGAUCACUAAUAUCUCAAAUUCCUUUUAAUGCUUCAUUCCUCAUAAUGAGAGAUGUCACAGUAUUUGACCGAUUAGUGAACCCAUCAUAACACCUAUCACACCCUGUGAGGAUUUGGCUGUAUGACUGUUAUGCUCUGUCAUCAUUGUACCCUGUAGGCAAGGGGUGUUAAACUCAUUCCAUGGAGGGCCUAGAGUGUCUGCAGGUUUUUGUUUUUCCCUAGACAACAAGUUGUGGGGAGUUCCUUACUAAUUAGUGACCAUAAUUCAUAGUCAUAAUUCAAUGAAGUACAAGGGAGGAGCGAAAACUCACAGACACUCAGCCCUCCGUGGAAUGAGUUUGACACCUGUGCUGUAGGCCUACUCAGUGGAGACAUGGGGAGCUGUAAGCAGCAAUGGCUUUACAUCACACUGUGUAACAUUUACUGCAGUGCAGUCUGUACAAUUGACUGUGGGAAACUCUGGGAGGAUAGUAAUCACAGUGAAGCCAAGGUGAAAAUACUUAAGUAAGACUGCAGCUCUGUGUCGACAAGGCAAGGGGAAGGCAGAAAUGUGUGUUGCAAUACACAUGAGCUGCCUUGUUUUUCUUUUGGCAGCAAACUCCUGCAAUUAGAACCCCCACCAUUUUGACUGUCUAUAUCCCCAUUUAUACCUGGUGCUAACGUGGGUCCUUUGUCCUGAUCUAGUCCCCAUUCUGAUUGUGCCCACAUUUCCAGAAGUGUGUCUACACAUGGUAUUACAAUUAGUCUUUUAUCUGUCCACUGUGUCUGCAUUCCUGGUCCCUUUAUGCAAAUAAUUUCACAGUUAUAAUAUUUAUAUAUAUAUUUACUGUAAGACACAUAUUGAUGUAAUCAGCCACCUGUCACUGAUUUUAGAGGCUGGAAUAAUGAUGAUUUAAAUGGUUUCUCUGUCCAGAUCUGUCUACACUUGUAAGAUGUCCAGACACAAUAAGAUCACAAUCAGAUCACAAUGUGUAUUUUGAUUGUUAACACCUGUCUAAAAUGUGGGCACAAUCAGAAUGUGGACAAGAUCAGGACAAAGGACGCAAGUUAGAACAAGGUAUAAAUGGGGCUUACUUCACCUCGUCUCCCCAACUUUGACCUUCAGUGUAGCUAUUUCCUUUGUUGAUAUAUCCUUAUUGACUAAUUUGGAAUAAAAUAUGAAACCUAAUGAAAACAAACUGUAAUAAUGACUGAUCGUGGAUUGGUACAAAUGAUUAUUUCAAGGUAUCCUCUGUCCAUAAACAUGGAGUUAAACUACAGUAUGUAAAGAAAUACUUGCCAGUAAUGCGAACGGUGUCUAAAACUUUCAUUUUCCUAUAUGCUGAGUAUAUUAUGCAGAUGCUAACUUGUGUGUUGGUUUCAUUAACAGUCAUUCAACGUGCAAAUAAAAUGUUAUACUCCA